UACACAUCCACCACCCAGACACAAUGCUCAUAACACCAGCUAUCCUUGCCCUCCCCCUCCUCGCGAGCGCAGUCCCCACGGCCAAGGAACAGCUCGCUUUCCAGGGCUCGAUCGGCUCGGCGAUCCUCGAAGGCCAGGACAUCUUCGCAGCUCAUGAUGGCUUCUCUUUGGACCUCGGCGAAAUGAGACUCGUCCAGUUCUCGGAAGAAGAACCUCCUGUAUGGAUGUCGGAGCUUGAGAAAAUCCAAGCCAAGGCAAAAGGUCUCCGUUUCAUGGAUAUCACGGAGACACCUGGCUUAGGCUUCUCUAGCUACUUUCUCCCUUCCGCUGCCAACGUCAAAUAUUCGUACCCUACGCCAGGCAACCACACAAAGACGAUCAGUUCUAUUAUCAAGAAGCUUGAUAUCGAUCACAUGAAGGAUUUCUUGACCAAGUUUACUUCAUUCCGCACCCGAUACUACAAGUCGGACACGGGCAAGGACUCUCAGAAGUUUUUGCUCAAGACUCUCAAAGAGAUUGCAAAACCUCACUCCGGUAUCACCGUCAAGGAGUUUGCUCAUCCUUGGGGGCAAAACAGCAUCAUCGUCCGCUUCGCUCCUGCUGAUCCCGCCAAUGAAGACGCACCCAUCACCAUUGUUGGGUCUCACCAAGACUCUGCCAACAUGUGGCCAUUCCUCCCUGCUCCCGGUGCGGAUGAUGAUGGUUCCGGUACGACGUCCUCUCUUGAAGGAUUCCGCGCUCUCGUCAACGCCAACUACACACCUUCUACCCCUCUUGAGUUCCAUUACUUCUCUGCAGAAGAAGGUGGUCUCCUCGGCUCUCAGGCCGUUGCCAAGUCAUACGAGGAUGAGGGUAAGAAGGUGCUUGCCAUGCUGCAAAUGGACAUGACCGCCUGGGUCAAAGCUGGUACCGAGGAGAGAGUCGGUAUCAUUCAGGACUUUGUCGACCCGGAUUUGACUGAAUUCAUCGAGACCCUUGUGGAGGAGUACUUGAGCAUCCCUCCCGUAAAGACCCAGUGUUCUUAUGCUUGCUCUGAUCACGCGAGCUUUGCCAAAGCCGGUUAUCAAUCUGCUUUUGCCAUCGAAGCUACGUUCGAUGACUCCAACACUCGAAACAUUCACUCCACAGCAGACACUAUGGACCACCCCGAAUUCUCUUUCACGCACAUGCGAGAAUUCUCCAAGCUUGUGGUCGCGUUCUCCGUCGAACUCGCCGGCAUCGCUGAUCAAUAAAGAUGUACUUGUACUUCUAUUACAUUCUUGUCAAUAGACCAUUCUGAGACUUGCAACUUGUAUCUUGUCAACUUCCAUGAUGUUUUACAACAUGUACAUUCCGAGUCGGACAAUUAUGAAUACACUCUGCCACGUCA